AUGUAUAAUUACGGAAACGAACAACAGACGAAAACAACAAGUGUAUUCAAUGGAUUCCAUCAAAUGGCUGGAGGCGGCGAUCCAAAAUGGCAAAAAGACGCUACAGAUCAGAAUUUUGAUUAUAUGUUCAAGUUGUUAAUCAUCGGUAAUUCAAGUGUUGGUAAAACUAGUUUCCUAUUUCGUUAUGCGGACGAUUCAUUUACGUCCGCAUUCGUCUCAACUGUUGGUAUUGAUUUUAAAGUGAAAACAGUCUUUCGACAUGAUAAGCGAGUGAAACUUCAAAUAUGGGAUACUGCCGGACAGGAAAGAUACAGAACGAUAACAACAGCCUACUAUCGAGGAGCUAUGGGCUUCAUUCUCAUGUAUGACAUCACGAACGAGGAAAGCUUCAAUUCAGUUCAAGAUUGGAUUACUCAAAUAAAAACAUAUUCAUGGGAUAAUGCACAAGUGAUAUUGGUUGGAAAUAAGUGUGAUAUGGAAGACGAGCGUGUAAUAUCAUUUGAGCGAGGCAAGCAACUAGCUGAUCAAUUGGGAGUUGAGUUUUUCGAGACUUCCGCUAAGGAGAAUAUCAAUGUUAAGAAUGUAUUCGAGCGCCUAGUAGACAUAAUAUGCGACAAAAUGUCAGAGAGUUUGGACUCAGAUCCAGCAAUGGUUGGUGGCGCACCGAAAGGCCAACGCUUGACAGAUCAACCUCAGGGGACACCGAAUACAAAUUGCAAUUGCUAA